AUGACGGCCCAAGAUGAAGCAUUACCUCAAGAAUUAUUCUUUCGUAUAUCGGGAACUGGUGAUAGUCCAUGGGAAUUAGGUCGACCUCAACCAGCAAUAAUUAAACUUGUUGAAAAAGGAAUUUUUCAUGGUGAAAUACUUGAUAUUGGUUGUGGUAUUGCUGAUAAUGCAAUCUAUAUUAAAAAUCAUGUAGAGAAUAUUAAUCUUACAGCAAUUGAUCUAGUGCCAAAAGCAAUUGAAGUUGCACGUGAAAAAGCUGAAAAAAAUAAUGUUAAUAUUCAAUUUGAAGCUGUUAAUAUGCUUGAUGAUCUUUCAACAAUAACAACACAUACUUUAAAACAACAUUCAUAUGAUAUUAUUCUUGAUGCAGCUGUUUUUCAUAUGUUUUCAAAUGAUGAUCGUCAAAUUUAUGUUAAAAAUCUUGAAUAUUUAAUUAAACCAAAUGGUCUUUAUAUUCAAAUAUGUUUUAGUGAAAAAGAAACUCGUGAAGGUGGACCACGUCGUAUAACAAAAGCUGAUUUAAAUCAAUUAUUCUCGGCAGAUCAUGGUUGGACAAUUGAAUCAAUUGAAGAUACUGUUUAUGAAUUAAGACCUGAUGGACCAAUAGGUACUGAUGGUCGUGCAUAUCUUUCAUUGAUUCGACGAAAUAAAAACAUUUAG